UUUAAAAAGGUAUCGCUUCCCAAUGCGUUGAUAGUUGAAUCUCUCAUCCAGCAUGGAUUCGCUGCUGGGCAUGUCUUCCGCGGCACUCUCGCUCGAUCGCGUCAAGCUCAAGCACCGGAGCCGAUGCCCACUUCUGCCCAAUCGCUCCCGGGGUACGCUCAAGAUCACCGCCAAUGCCAGGAAAGAAGCCAAUGCAGCAACAGGGGAGUCUGGUAAUCCCUCUUUCCCCUCCAAGAAAGGUAGCUCCACUCCGGCCUCGAUCAUCGAUCGCCGCGAGCUCCUGGCAGGAACAAUCGCCGGCGGAGCUUCGCUCGCGGCGUCCCCUACUGGUCCCGCGCUCGCCGAGCCCGUGGGAUCGCCCACCUUCAAGCGCUGCCAGCCCGCCAACAUCGCCAACACCAACACCUUCGUGGCGUGCUGCCCGCCGAAGCCCAAGCGCGACACCAUCGACUUCAAGCCCGACACCGGCCCCAUGCGCAUCCGCCCCGCCGCCCAUCUCGUGGACGAGGACUACAUCCAGAAGUACAACGAGGCCUACGCCAAGAUGCGCGCGCUCCCCUCGGAUGAUCCCCGGAGCUUCCGGCAGCAGGCAAACGUCCACUGCGUCUACUGCAACUUCGGCUACCGCCAGGAGGGCGAUCCAAAGUCAACCCUCCAGAUCCACUUCAACUGGCUCUUCCUGCCGUGGCACCGCUGGUACCUCUACUACCACGAGAAGAUCUUGGGCAGUUUGAUCAACGAUCCAACCUUCGCGCUGCCGUUUUGGAACUGGGACAACCAGGACGGGGGGAGCUACAUCCCGGAGAUGUUUCGGCGCGAGGGCACCCCCAUCUUCGACGCCAAUCGCAACGAGGCGAACUACGCGCCCGCGCGAGUGGAUCUCGGCUACGCGCCCGGCGUCGACCCCAGCUUCGGCGAGCCCACCUACAAGACCGACGAUCAGAUCCGCCAGGACAACAUCUCCGUCAUGUACAACAACGUCGCUAAGGUCAAGCUCCAGGACGCCUUCUUCGGCGCUCCCAUAAGGAAAGGAAACAAUAAUGGUGGCGAUGGAUCCCUGGAGAAAGCCCCACACACGGCCGUGCACAUCUUUGGUGGCAGCCCCAAUAACCCCAAUGGUGAGGACCUGGGCAACUUCUACUCGGCCGGGAAGGAUCCACUCUUCUACUGCCACCACGGUAACGUGGACAGGAUGUGGGACGUGUGGAGGUCCCUGGGAAACCAGGACUUCACGGACGCCGACUACCUCAACACCGAGUUCCUCUUCUUCGAUGAGAACCAGGACCUCGUUCGCGUCAAGGUGAAAGAUUCCAUCGACAACCAGACGAAGCUCAAGUACAAGUACGCGUCCAUGCCCCAGGACAAGGUCUGGAUCAACUACAAGCCACUGCCGCUCGCAAAGACGGCCUUCGCGCAGCCCAAGAGUUCGAUCGUUGCUUCGUUGGUUCCUGGAGCUACUGCUAUGGCGGCUGAGUAUCCACUCGUGAAAUUCUCGUCCCAGAACGCCGAGCCUGUCAAGGUUGGAGCGGGCCCGCUGACGAUCACGGUGGCGCAGCCCAAAGGCAGCGCUUCGGACGAGCUCCUGGUCCUGGAAGAGAUGGUGGUUGGGAUGCAGAAUAACACUAACUUCAACGUGUUCAUCAAUCUCCCUGAGGCCAACGAGACCACCACGCUCUCCUGCGCCGAGUACGUCGGCUCUUUCUACAACAUCCCCCACUUCAUGCCCGGGAUGACCGAGUCGAGCACUCGGACCACCAACGCCCGCUUCUCCAUCAAGCCCAACGUCGAGAUCUUGGGGUUGAAGGACGCGGACAAGCUCGUUGUCACUCUGGUGCCGCGCGGGAAGGACAAGGAGAAAGUCUUCACGUUCAAGGGGGCCAGCAUCGAGUACGCUUGAUUUUUUAUGGAGCUCUAACUUUCGUUCUGUUUCAUUUGGGUUCCUGUUAUUGGAAAAAGAACACCAGAAAGCCAGCUGGCAUGGUAAAAGGAAAUCGAAAUGGUGUUACUUGAUGUUGCAAUUUCCAAUGUGAAGAUAAAGCUUUCUACGUA